UUUGCAUAGGUGAAUGGUGCAGUACUAGUCUUGAACCACUAUUUGAGCCUAGGUUGUAUCAGAUCCCAUCAAGAGGUGAUCUGCUCAAGAUCCUUGGACCUGCAUUUAAGACAAUUUUGUCUGAAGAAUGGCAUUUUCAAAAAAGUUCAUAUUUGCCACAUUGCCAAGGACCCAGAGAGGCAACCCAAUUGUGCUGGGAGGUGACCCAAGAGGAGAAAAUUUCUUGUACACCAAUAGCAAUAGUGUCAUCAUCAGGAACAUUGCUCACCCAGAAUUGUCAGACAUCUACACAGAACAUUCAGCUGCUACAGUUGUGGCAAAAUAUUCCCCAAGUAGAUUCUAUAUUGCCUCUGGAGAUGUGACAGGAAAAGUAAGAAUUUGGGAUACAGUCAACAAGGAGCAUAUUCUAAAGGCUGAGUAUCAGCCAUUUGCUGGGACAAUCAAGGAUAUUGCAUGGAGUCCUGAUAGUCAGAGGCUAGUGGCUGUUGGGGAAGGCAGAGAGAGGUAUGGCCAUGUCUUCAUGGCAGACACUGGAACUUCUGUGGGAGAGAUAUCUGGGCAUGGAAGACCAAUAAACUCUUGUGACUUCAAGCCAUCCCGGCCAUUUCGCAUUGCAACUGGAAGUGAGGACAACUGCAUUGGAAUUUUUGAAGGUCCUCCAUUCAAGUUCAAGAUGACCAAACAGGAUCACACCCGCUAUGUUCAAGCUGUGCGGUAUUCUCCAAAUGGAGAGCAACUUGCAAGUGGUGGCUUUGAUGGGAAAGUUUUCCUAUAUGAUGGAAAGACCUCAGAUCUCAUCACUGAGAUUGGUAGCCCUGCUCAUAAGGGUGGUGUCUAUGGGGUUGCCUGGGGUCCAGAUGGACAAAGGCUGCUGACCUCCUCUGGAGACAAGACUGCCAGGUUGUGGGAUGUCUCAACAGGGACCUGCAUCUCUGAGUUCCCCAUGGGAAAUGCUGUGGAUGAUCAGCAGGUCUCAUGCUUGUGGCAAGGCCAGUUCCUUCUGUCAGUGUCUUUGAGUGGUUUCAUAAACUACUUGGACACCAAUAACCCUGAGAAGCCCAUACGAAUAAUCAAGGGUCACAAUAAGCCCAUGACUGCCAUGACACUCUCUUCUGAUCGCUCUACUAUUUAUACAGGAUCUCAUGAUGGCUUUGUUACUCACUGGGACGUUGCUUCAGGUGAGAAUGAUCGUGUGGCAGGCCAGGGACAUGGGAACCAGAUCAAUGGAAUGAUAGCUCUUGGUGAAACUGUUUAUUCUUGUGGGAUUGAUGAUGCUUUGAGAGCAAUCAGUCACACAUCAAGGGCUUAUUCUGGUGUGGAAGUUCGACUGGGAUCUCAACCCCAUGGUCUAUCAGUUGGGGAGGAUGGCACCAUCAUUGUUGCAUGUGUGAAUCAGGUGGUAGUGGUGAAAGAUGGGACAAAGGUGAGCUCCUUGCCAGUGAACUAUGAACCAUCUUCCUGCUCUAUCAACUCACAGAAUGGUGAUGUUGCUGUGCAUGUGUAUUCCUUGGCUGGUAAUAGUUUGAGCCUCAAGCAGGAGUUGGAACAUCAUGGAGCUGUGACAGAUGUCAUGUACUCCUCUGAUGGGCAGUAUCUAGCUGCCUGUGAUGCCCAUCGGAAAAUUGUUGUUUAUGCCCUCCCUGGUUAUGAGCUGGCACACCGUCAGGAAUGGGGCUUCCACACUGCCAAAGUGAACACCAUUGCUUGGAGUCCAAACUCCAGGCGUCUAGCCAGUGGUAGUCUUGAUACCUUCAUCAUGAUUUGGAACAUGGAUAACCCUUCAAGACAUAUUGAGAUCAAGAAUGCACAUCCAAUGAGCCAGAUCACCAAGUUGACAUGGAUCGACAACACAACCCUCAUAUCUGUGGGACAGGAUAGCAACACCAAGAUAUGGAGUAUCCCUCUGUAAAAGCAUAGGGGAUUUGCUUCCUUGGAGGUAUGUUCACAUCAGCCAGAUAUUCUGUGUGGUCAUGCAUAUGGUCCUGUAUAACUCUGAAUUUGCUGCAUGCUGGCAUAAAUGAUGUUUGCUGGAUUUUUAAACUUUGUAACAAGGCAUGUAAAACGGCAUAUUGAUGCAAACAUUUUCAGAUUUCCCUGUAAAAGCCUGUCGUGAAUGUUUUCAGUCAUGAAAGCAAACCACACUUUUGCCAGUAUGCAGGCUUACCCUGGGUUAAACCACCAGGUCAUUGCAUCUCAUUUUAAAUCAUGCUGCCAAAAUCCCAGGUUAAUAGGGUACAACAUUUGAUCAGUGCAGGUAGUGUCCUGUCUUGAUAGGCAUGUCUUCUUGCAUUUGCUCUCAUGGUUGCCUUGCAUUGAUACAGAUGUUGUCCUUUUAACCCCUCAAGCUGGUAAUGCUACUGUUGCUGACUAAUGCACGAGGCUGCAAGUACAGACUUGGGAUACUGGCUUGAGGGGUUAAAAAAUUAUCUAGUCAUUCAUUAUUUGUAAGAGGGUAAAUUUGGACUUGAAGUUUUUGGACACAGUAUUUCUAACCCUUUGGUGUCCUUCAUCCUACUCAAAAUGGUGCCAAAUUACCUUUUGUUGUUGAACUGUGUCUUCCUCAGUAACAAGGACUCUUGGUGGGUGUGUUGUUUCUGCCAGUGAGAAGAAAACUUCAUAAAAGACUCUUCGUUCCUUAUGUCUCCCAAAGAAGAGGAAUCAAUCCUCUGCUUUAGUCCUCUGGUCCACUAACCUCUUCCACCUUCCAUGUGAUACACGUGAUUGGGUCCCUUACUGCCAUGCAUGAGAUCCUGGAGAUCGGCCAGCAUAUCACAGUUGGGUGCUUGGUACACAUGUGCCUUCCAGGGCUUCCCCUACUCGAUUUUGCUUUUCAGCAAAAGCAUUUUGAAGACUCUUGGUGAAUCACAAACAGCUAAUUAAAUUAAUUUCUGAAUUCCAAAUCUGCCUCUUCCAAGAGUGAGCUUUGAUAUUAUUUAUUUGCACAGUCUAAUAUUUGGGAGAUUGUCUCCUGUGUAAAGGCAUGCUUUUGGCUACUCUGAGAGCCUGACCCUUUUGUUCUGAUGCUGUGUUUGACCAAGUUGCCACUUGUUCAAAAACAGGAAGAUGUGCUGCUCCUCAGCUUCAAGUCCAGCGUUUGGCUCUGAUUCUUUUAUCAUCACCAGACUACAGUGUGAUCUAUGUCAUUUGAAUAUUUUUCAUCAUGUGCUUAUUCCACAUUGAUGGAUUUUGCUCAAUGUUUGUUAUGUGGAUAUGGCUCUUUCUGUUCCCUCCCUCCCAGUACCUAAUCUCAGGUUUUUAGCGUUUUUUUCAUUGUGGCCACUUGCAGUUGUUCUCAAUCAGAAUAGAAGACUCAUUUUCUCAAAGGGAAGCUUCAGUGAAAUUCAUUGUGUGAUUUGCAUUCUUCCAUUCUUGAAAUAAGUCAUAUUGGUGAUUUUUGUGUUUUUUAUGUAUUGUACUGUAGGCUUUUAUGCUACUUUUGUCAGGCUAUGUAUCAGUGAGUCUAACUUGCCAGGAUCAUCAUAUACUAAAUUGUGAAAACAUAAAAGAAGGAAGUUUUUGCAUCAGUGUGAUGAAAUAAACAAUUCUUAUGCAGGC